GACGGACCAUGGUACCCUUGCCCGAAAUACGGCUACAACUACACCUCCCAUCACUGCUGUGCCGGUUAUGCAAUAGAUUUGCUGUCCAAUCUAUCGCUACCAGAGCCAAACACCACAAUUGACACGAGCUUCACGUUCUCUUUGCACUUGAACGACAGCUAUGGCGCUGUUAUUUUAGGAGAAAAGGGUUACAUUCUGACUGGCGCGCUGGGCGAGUUGGACAGCGAUCAAGCAGAUUUGGCUAUUGGCGGAAUGACCAUUAAUCCUGAAAGAGAAAGAUAUAUCGACUUCUCCGAGCCAUGGUCAUACCACGGAAUUCGGAUACUCGAAAAAUCGAUUCCACGCGACUCGCCAAUGCAGUCGUUCCUACAACCGCUGAAGUCGUCGUUGUGGACUGCGCUUUUUAUUUCUGUAAUCACUGUCGGUCUCGUCAUUUUCUGCCUCGAUCUGAAAUCACCAUUUGAUCGAUUCUAUCGGAACGAACCACCUCUGGGCUCGCCGACUGAUCUGUUUCUGGAGCAGGUGGCGAAUGAUCGUGUCAAUUUCGGCGAAGCAAUGUGGUUCGUCUGGGGUGUUCUGUUGAACAGUGGAGUUAAGACUCCCGAGCUCGCGCCAGCGCGAGUUCUGCGGGACAGGUGUGUGGCGGAUUUAUGCAUGAAUCAAUGGUGGCCUCCUAUACCGCCAACUUGGCCGCUUUUCUCGUUCUGGAUCAACCCGAAAAAGGCCUCACCGGCAUCACUGAUCCAAGGAGCGCAGUCUUCGAGAUGCUCUUUUCAGCUACGAAAUCCGUCAGCGAAUUUCUCUUUCGGCACAGUACUCAAUUCGAACGUCUACCAGUACUUCAAGCGACACGUUGAACUCUCUACCAUGUUCCGAAAAAUGGAAGCUCACAAUGUGGAAAAAGUACCACUCCCUGGACGCUUUCAUUUGGGAUUCUACUCGACUGGAUUCGAGGCGGCCAGACAUUGUGUAUUGCGAACCAGAGGUGCCUUGUUUGGACGAAGUGCGUAUGGUGUUGGAUUGCAAAAGAACAGCCCAUGGACGCCUCACAUCACAUCCGCUAUUCUUAGAAUGACUGAAAGCGGAGUCAUGGAGAAUUUGGACGCCAAGUGGAUCGACAACCGGGAAUCCAAAUGCGUCACCGAAGCCCAUAAAUCUCCUGCACGACUCAGUCUUUGGAAUAUGCGAGAUGUCUUUAUCCUUGUCACUGGAGGAGUGGCGGCUGGAGCACUUUUCAGCACCAUCGAGGUGAUCUACGGCGUGACAAGCAGUUGCUGCUCGAUAUGUAGAGAAAUGGCGGACGAUGGCCUCCGAUGGGUUCCGAUCCAACAAAUACAACCUGUCUCGGCCGGUCAUCAGACGAGGUUCGCUGGACUGGAGCCGUGUUCGUUGGCUGAAAUCCGCAAACGUGAGCUGAAUCGAUCGAAGCAGAAGGUGGCCAAUAAAGCUCUGAUUCGACCACCGGCUUUUGUGCCGGAUUUGAACUUCGGCCGCCAGUCUGUGGUUUCUCUUCUGCAGUCGAUGUCGCAAUCUGGUCCAAACAGACGUGCAUCGAGAGUGUGGCCUGUUCGCGUACGUGUGGUGUAUGGUGUUCGUGUUGCUGUUCUUGUGGCCAUGCUCCGGCCUUUGCCCAUGCUUCAAGGAAGCCCUUCCUCGGAGCAUUUGUGCAUGUAUGCCCGUUUGCUCGCGACAAAAAUCGCACGCUAA